AUGCACUUCCCAAUCCCAGAACCUGUGCGCGGCCGGGUCGCACAAGUGUACUCUCAAUCCAAUGACCCAGGUGCAGCUUCACUACUCGGUAUCCCGCCGGAACUUCGCAACCAGAUUUACGAGUACCUGCUGGUAAAUUAUGAACCAAUUACCAUGGUUAAUGAAGUUGGUGAUGACGACGACACUACCAGCAGGGUUAGUAACUUCGUGGGAAGCUCCGCCAUCAUUCUUACCUGCCGUCAAAUCUACCAUGAGGCACUAGGUAUUCUCUAUGGCCAGAAUGUCUUUCGAUUCCAGUACAGCGUACAAUACCAAAAGUACUUCGUCUUUCUCAUCACUAGUCCGGUCGAGACAUGCACAAAAUGGGUUGAAGACAUCGGGUCCUGUCUUUCAGGGUUGCGCACUGUUACAAUCGACAUAAGUGUACCCAAAUUACACGGAGACUAUCAUGAAUUCGAGAGGGACUCAUACCAAAAUACUCAGGACCAUAUGCCGAUUCUGCGAUUACUCGACAUUAUCUGGAACGACAUCGCCAGCAACAUAUCAAUCAAGUUCGAGCAUACGCACGAAACCGGGCGGUAUGUUCGAUUUCCAGUUGAUAUAGCGUCGGAAGUACUAGAUGUAAAGUGCGAGGGAAUCACAAACAUUCUGUAUGAGCUGGGAAAGAUGGAUUGUUUAGGUUUGAAAGGAACACGUCGCUUGCUACGAGAAGUCUACGUAGACGCGAGCGGCAUCCGAGGGACCAUAAUAUAUUGGGGGACUGGCCAUAGAACUGGACCCUGCCGCGAGUUUCAGUUGUUGGGGGACACCAGGAUGUACGAACUCGUCCCUCUGCCGAGUCCAUGGAGUCUGCUCGACCUACCUGACGAGAUCAUCAUGGAUAUCGCUUGUCUUGCACUGCCUAACCACGACAUCACAUACAACUUUGACACAGGCAUCACGCAUGGUCAUGGGUUCGGUUUGCUCAACGUCAAUAAACAGCUUCGCCGCAUGGUCCGCUCAUGCUUCCUUUCCAGAGCUCGUUUCACCCUUAUCCUAGGUUCUGAUACUUGGCAGCCUGCGAAGACACUGUAUGAAGUACUUGAACCUCGCAUCGCAGAAUCUUUCGAGGAUGCUUAUAACCACAACCGUCACAUGAGAUACUGUACUCCGAUCGAGGCGGCUCAAGAUCACGAAAAUGAGCCGACCAUCAUUCUGCAGUUCCAGACUGCCAACCACAUCCAGAUCAACGCAUGGGAUCUCCUGUGGACCACUACAAUCUUCCCGCCCGGUACUACAAUCAUGAUUCGCGUACGUGAUUGUAGUGACAAUGUCCAUGUCACAACACUAGGUGAGAUUCGGAGAUACGCUCUAGUAUUCUUGGAGGAUCUCAUGGACAAAGCAAUCCCACAGUCCUGGUGUGCCACAGUCGAAUUUUGGCUCAAUGAGCAGUGCCUUCCUGUGAGAGCCACCAUUCAGGAGAACGAUCAAGGGUCGGAGUAUCCUGAUUUGGACGUGGUAGAUAUCUCGAAUAUGAUGGAUAUUACCGCUUUGCGCAAAGCGGUCGAUGCAAGAGAGUGGAGACCAUAUGGGGAGUUGCGUGGGUUCAAAGGCAUCACUCGACCGAGAAGCUGGGAUUAUAUGGUGUUUUGUGACCUUGUUAAGUGUCUUCGAUCGCUUUGCCUUUGA